GCAGCGCCUUCUGCCGACUCCGGACGCGUCUCCGGCGUGCGCAGGAAUGGCUGCCCUUCCCGGCGCCGUACCGAGGAUGAUGCGGCCGGCUCCGGGGCAGAACUACCCGCGCACGGGAUUUCCUCUGGAAGUGUCCACUCCACUUGGCCAAGGCCGGGUCAAUCAGCUUGGUGGGGUCUUCAUCAACGGGCGACCACUGCCCAACCACAUCCGCCACAAGAUAGUGGAGAUGGCCCACCACGGCAUCCGGCCCUGUGUCAUCUCCCGCCAGCUGCGCGUCUCCCACGGCUGUGUCUCCAAGAUCCUGUGCCGCUACCAGGAGACCGGUUCCAUCCGGCCUGGGGCCAUCGGCGGCAGCAAGCCCAGACAGGUGGCGACUCCGGAUGUGGAGAAAAAGAUUGAGGAGUACAAGAGGGAGAACCCGGGCAUGUUCAGCUGGGAGAUCCGGGACCGGCUGCUGAAGGACGGACACUGCGAUCGCAGCACGGUGCCCUCAGUGAGUUCGAUUAGCCGUGUCCUCAGAAUCAAGUUCGGGAAGAAAGAGGAGGAAGACGAGGCCGACAAGAAGGACGAGGACGGAGAGAAGAAGGCAAAACACAGCAUCGACGGCAUCCUGGGCGACAAAGGGAACCGGCUGGACGAAGGCUCAGACGUGGAGUCAGAACCCGACCUCCCGCUGAAGCGGAAGCAGCGUCGGAGCCGGACCACGUUCACGGCCGAGCAGCUAGAGGAGCUAGAGAAGGCCUUUGAGCGGACCCACUACCCAGACAUCUACACCCGUGAGGAGCUGGCACAGAGGACCAAGCUGACCGAGGCGCGUGUCCAGGUCUGGUUCAGCAACCGCCGUGCCCGUUGGCGUAAGCAGGCAGGGGCCAACCAACUGGCUGCUUUCAACCACCUUCUGCCAGGAGGCUUCCCACCCACCGGCAUGCCCACGCUGCCACCCUACCAGCUGCCGGACUCCACCUAUUCCACCUCCAGCAUCUCCCAGGACGGGGGCAGCACAGUGCACCGGCCCCAGCCCCUCCCGCCAUCCACCAUGCACCAGGGUGGGCUGGCUGCAGCUGCAGCGGCUGCUGACACCAGCUCAGCAUACGGAGCCCGCCACAGCUUCUCCAGCUACUCCGACAGCUUCAUGAACCCGGCGGCGACCUCCAACCACAUGAAUCCAGUCAGCAACGGCCUGUCUCCCCAGGUCAUGAGCAUCCUCAGCAACCCUGGCGCCGUGGCCCCCCAGCCGCAGGCCGACUUCUCCCUCUCCCCGCUGCACAGUGGUCUGGACUCGGCCACCUCCAUCUCGGCCAGCUGCAGCCAGCGUGCCGACUCCAUCAAGCCUGGAGACAGCCUGCCCACCUCCCAGUCCUACUGCCCGCCCACCUACAGCACGACCGGCUACAGCGUGGACCCCGUGGCUGGCUACCAGUACGGCCAGUACGGCCAGACUGCUGUUGACUACCUGGCCAAAAACGUGAGCCUGUCCACACAGCGCCGCAUGAAGCUGGGGGAGCACUCGGCCGUGCUGGGACUGCUGCCCGUGGAAACUGGCCAGGCCUACUAGGGUCCCUGGGGUGACUUGCCCCAGGCUCAGCCCCACCCAACCUUGCCUGACCCCUGAGCCUCCUGGCCUCUGCUCCCUCCUGCCCCUGGAGCCUCAGGAGGCCUAGAAGGAAGACCCUUUGCUUCUCAUCGCCCAGGCCCUGGAGGGGCACAGCUCACAUUGCUUACCUGCGUUACGGACCCAGUUCAUGACCCCUGGGCUUGUGCGACCCCGUGCUAGCCCCAGAGGGUCCUGCUAACCUUCAGUGCUCCCACAGUCCAAUCGACUGUGGCCUCUUGGCCAUCUCACCUCAGUGGACUCUGUGGCUUCCCCUGAACAGAGCACCUCUGCCCCCCGCCCCAAAAAGGAUGGCGCCCAUGACGAGGGCCUGAAGCCCUUGGGCUCUGGAUGCAGGGGUGCCCUGGUGGACAUGGAGGUGAAGCCCACAAGGCCACUGUCAGUAGCAAGGGCUGGGAACUGCCCCUCCAAGGCGGGUCCGUGGCCCAGCAUCAGAAGCAAAGCCCUUCCCUCCCAUGGACACUGGACCCUAGUAGAGGGGCCUGGCCCUGGGUUUUUACCACAGAGUAAGCAGGGUGACUGUCCGGCCUCCACCCAGGGAUUGGGUGGGGGGGCUUCAGGACCGUCCCCACACAUCUCUGCUUGGGAGGGGUGUUGUAGGAGGGCCACAGCCCAGAGAGAAAGACCAGGAAAGGGGCUUUAUCAGGGAGUAGGGCCCUGUGACAGCAGGGCUUGUCAGCCCCAGAGCAGGCAUCUGGAAGCAGAGAGCUUUAAGCCUGCAGCUCAGCCUCCAAUCUUGUCUACCCCCAUGGAGGGCCUGGGCUUGUGGAACCUUUUAGUUUCCUCAGAUGGGCUGGGGAGAGGGACAUGGCAGUGAGGGGGCCCAAGGCAGGCUCAGAAGGGCCUUUGCUUGGGGGUUUGAGCCAAGGUGUUCGCUUGCAACC